UAAUAGAAACGUGGCGGUUCCAGGAUAAGUGAAUGAGCCGAGGUUGAAUUAUUUACUUAUAGACAGAUUUAUCCCUCCUACACAUAGCGCAGGUAUCAAUAGUCAUAUCCAUAGCAAAGCCACAUUCCGGAACAUCAAUUAUAGCAUAUAAAGUUUAAUUGAAAUCCCCAUUCAGUCAACAUGUGGGAACAAGUUAUGAUGUAUGCAAUCCCCCCCCCACAGAAUAUUUCCUCCAAGCUGAGUAUUAGUACUGGAGUAUGUGCUCGUAUAGCGGUCCGAAUUUGGCAAAAUACAUCUAUUAGUAGUUCAGUACUAUGGUUUCUCGCAGAUGUAAGACCCGAGCAUCGAUUCCAACACUUGUAUUGGCACUGAUAUCUCUUAGUACAUCAUAUUCUCGCUCCUCCGCGCAGUCUACAAUGCUACUCUGCAUCCACUUGCCAAAUUCAGCGGGCCAAAGCUCCGUGCAGGUUUUUAUUUUCCGGACUUGUUAAGUUUGGCACGUGGUACGGCUAUUGUAGACAUAAAGAAUCUCCAUGAUAGAUACGGAGAUAUUGUACGGAUCACCCCCGAGGCACUAUCAUUUGACACAGCACAGUCAUGGCGUGGUAAGAUAUAUCCAGCCGUUUACGUAUUAGAUGUACAAAGGAGAAAUAAUUCUGAUAGAUCCUUCCAGAUAUUUACGGCCUGCGAGAGGGUCGGCGUGAAAUUAGACGUGAUGAGAAAUGGCAUCUUGACCAUGCAGGCAAAAGCAAUAUCAUAGGUUUGCGAAUUCCACUAUUCCUGAUACACUAUUCAGAAGACUAAUAACCUGUAGUUGCGAGUGCCACAGACCACUCUCGCAUGCGGCGUACUCUCGCGCACGCAUUCUCUGAUGUGGCGCUGCGUGAGCAAGAGUCACUAAUGACAACAUACUUUGAACAGCUCAUCGCGAAUCUUCGGGAGAAAAUAGAUGGGCCAGCUGCUGGUUAUGUAGAUCUAUGUGAUUGGUACAACUUUGUUACCUUUGACAUUAUUGGAGACCUGUGCUUGGGAGAAGCGUUUGGAACAUUGGAAUCUGGAAGCUAUCAUUCUUGGAUAGAGCAAAUCCUAGUGGGGUUGAAGUUCGUGAUUGUGAUAAGAUUUGCGCAGGCAUAUCCACUAUUCCGCAUCAUUCUGGACUUGUUAAUGAAUUCAGUUCCAAGUAUAAACAAACAAAAGCAAGCGCAUAUGGCCUACACAGUUAACAAACUUGAAGAGAGGUUAAAGAAGAACACAGAUCGGAAGGACUUCAUCAGCUAUGUGAGAAACACCUCAUCAUGUUUAGAGAAAAGUGUCUGAUUAAAGAAAUAGAUUCUUAGCAACAACAAAAAUGGCAUGAGCCGGGACGAAAUAGAGGGAACAGCAACAGUGAUGAUUAUGGCUGGUUCGGAAACCACAGCAUCAGCUUUAUGUGGCGCUACAUACUACAUGCUGAAAUAUCCCGAAGUACUUUUGGCAGCCACGUCCGAAGUUCGCAAAAGAUUUAAGACUGUCAAUGAUAUUGACAUAGUAUCUGUGAGAAACCUCCCAUAUUUAGACAUGGUCAUUGAAGAAGCCCUACGGAUAUACCCUCCAACACCAUCUACGCUACCUCGUCGUACACGUUCGGAGGGAGAAAUUAUAAACGGAACUUUCAUACCAGGUAAUGUACGUGCCGUGUCAUGUUAGAAUUCCAACUAUUUUUGUAUACUAACAAGGUACCUCAGACUUCAGUUGGUGUGAAUCAUUGGGCAGCGUAUCAUGCGGCAAAGAACUUCGCCGAUCCAGAUACGUUUGAUCCAGCUCGAUGGAGCACGGCUCCUCCGGAUAAAUACAAAGAUGAUGAAAAGGCUGCGUUCCAACCUUUUUCGACGGGACCGAGAAACUGUCUUGGGAAGAAGUAAGUUUGGACACCAUCUUAACCAAAUACGAGAAGAGAAAGAAGCUGAUAAUAGAAACCGAAGCCUAGCCUAUUUCGAAAUGCGCUCAAUUCUUGCACGAAUGUUGUGGAAUUUUGAUAUGGAGCUUUGCGAGGAGAGUAGACGGUGGUCAAAUAGCCAGAAGACGUAUAUCCUAUGGGAUAAACCACCACUAAAAGUCAAGCUAUCACAUAAGAGUGUAUGAAUGGUUAGACUGGAUGCUAUAUGGAGUUGAUAUUAUCAUACCCAUGAGCCUACACUUAUUUUGUGUAGAUAGAAAAGAUCGACUGUUGAUAAAAAUAACAAAAUGAAACAUAGCUUAGGGCUCUCCAACCCGGUAUUUAUGACUGACCCACUACUAUAUUCACUUCCUCCUCACCCCUUUAACCACGACCCUCACUCCUUC